GCUGCUCCCUCCCUGGUAUCUUAAGAAAAUCAAUGUAUCUGCGUUUUGUCCCACUUCACUGACCUUCCAUUGUGAUGCUCAUUUUUGUUUAUUUAUUUUUAGGCUGUGGAUGACUCUGGCAUGCCGGGCUUAGACAGAGUAGACAGCUUGGCUGAGUGUUUGGUGGAGCUGAGGAACCAGUCCUCUCUGGCCCUCACCAACCAGCAGGUAAGCAACAUUGUUGCUCUGUGGCAGAACCUGCUGGACUACGACCAGCAGAGGGUUACCUUUGCUGCCAGACACCAGAGCAGGCUGGACACAGGGAGGUUCAGGUCUCCAAAGAAGAGGCAGGAGUUCACUCCAGGGGUGGAGAGCAUGAAGAGGCACGCACUCACCACCACUGCCCCGCUUGCCCAAUGGCCUGAUUGCUGCCGCCUGAUUGAACUGAUCUUUGUCAGGCUCUGUGCCAUCCAUCGCUCUCCCAAGAAGAAGGGGACUGGUGCAGUGUCCAGAUGGAGUUUAAUCCUGGAUGACUACAGGAAAAUCAGGCAGCGCAUUUUGGCAAAUGGGACGGUCAUGCAGCAGACCACACUGCAGCUGGUGGAUGUAAGCCACACCACCCUUGUGCAGUGGCACAACAAGAGGGUGAAGAAGCAGGACAACGCUGUGGUUAUGCAGGGGCUGAACUUGCCCAGUCGCUUGUCUGCGGCAGCCAACCCACUCCCUCCUGCUAAUGUGCGCCUUCCAUCUGCGCUCCCCCACCCAGGCCCGGCUCUCCAGUACCAACUGCCCUGCAGCACCGUGGGCCAGGCGCGGUUGAAAAGAAAGGUCCCGCCCACAGAUGUAACACCGGUUGCUAUAAAGAUGCAUGCCCAGCGUCAGCUCUUCCCUGCUCCACCCUCGGCCCCUCGUCUGUUGGUGCUGGCUCCGGUGACCUCACAGGUGCCUGUCCUCGUCGCUGCUCCACAGGCCCUGGGAGGUAUCUUCCCUGCACCCCCUGCUCCGGUCCGAAAACUAACCCGCCAUGUACUCCACAACACAUCCAAGAAAUGCGGGCAGUUCAGGACAGCCCAGACUGGACACAGUCAGUACAAAGGAACUGUGUACUGCCCCUCUGUAGAGGCUGUUCCCAAGGAGCAAUGGUUGGAGGACAUGAAACAAGUAGAUGCCCCUCUACCCCCCUCCCAGAGGCAUGGACGCUGGGCUAGUGCCCCUCUACCCCCCUCCCAGAGGCAUGGACGCUGGGCUAGUGCCCCUCUACCCCCCUCCCAGAGGCAUGGACACUGGGCUAGUGCCCCUCUACCCCCCUCCCAGAGGCAUGGACACUGGGCUAGUGCCCCUCUACUCCCCCUCCCAGAGGCAUGGACGCUGGGCUAGUGCCCCUCUACCCCCCUCCCAGAGGCAUGGACACGGGGCUAGUGCCCCUCUACCCCCCUCCCAGAGGCAUGGACACUGGGCUAGUGCCCCUCUACCCCCCUCCCAGAGGCAUGGACACUGAACACUUUAAUGUUGUUAAUAGUUCUGUUAAUGUUUUCUGUUAUUGUCUAUAGUUACUGUUGAAUAAGUGAAUGGAGGGAUUCACUACUGUUCUGUAUAUAUUUAAGUUAUUGUCUAUAGUUACUGUUGAAUAAGUGAAUGGAGGGAUUCACUACUGUUCUGUAUAUAUUUAAGUUAUUGUCUAUAGUUACUGUUGAAUAAGUGAAUGGAGGGAUUCACUACUCUUCUGUAUAUAUUUAAGUUAUUGUCUAUUGUUACUGUUGAAUAAGUGAAUGGAGGGAUUCACUACUGUUCUGUAUAUAUUUAAGUUAUUGUCUAUAGUUACUGUUGAAUAAGUGAAUGGAGGGAUUCACUACUGUUCUGUAUAUAUUUAAGUUAUUGUCUAUAGUUACUGUUGAAUAAGUGAAUGGAGGGAUUCACUACUGUUCUGUAUAUAUUUAAGUUAUUGUCUAUAGUUACUGUUGAAUAAGUGAAUGGAGGGAUUCACUUACUACUGUAUAAUGGCUUUGUGAUGACUGAAAAUAAAAGUUUGAUCACAACAGA